AAAUAGUACCAAAGAAAUCAAAAGCAGAAUAGAUCAAAUAUGGGUAUCAGAUAACUUAGUAGAUCAACUUUUUUGUGCAGAUAUUAUACCCUCAGAUUUGGAAAGUCACACAGAAAAUAUCACCUUUGGAAAUGACAAUAUUGAAGAAAAAUCGAAUUUUUUCAGAAAUGUCAUAAUUGGAAAAGCAAAUGAAAUAAUUCCAAAAAAGAAAAAACUUAUAUCUGGAAA